AUGUUUAGGGACUCAUUGCGACUUUUAUAUCACGGCUCAAAUGCCAGUUCCCCCAUAGGAACCAAUAAACCAUCGGUCGUAACUCUUCUACAGGAUUUCGACUCCCCCGGCGUCUUCCCAGCGUCUGCGCGUAUUGACCGGAAUCUUAAAAUAACGAAUGGCUUCACUAUGAAAUUUUGGGAUGCAUGGAAAUAUCCUGUCUUCGCAUUCAAUAGAGCAUCGUCCCUCGCUCUUGAUGUGAUAUCUCAUCAUGUUUGGGGCCCACGUAGGAAAUCAUGGGGCAUUGAGAUGACUAUUCUCAGUAGUAUUAUGCGAGAUGUUUCAAGGCACUCUGCACUGGCUGAUAUCACUAUGGUUCGCAAAGCAAUGGGUAUCGGAGGACUAGUUCCAUUGCCCUCGGACGCUUUGGUCACCCCUGUGACCUUCUGUGUGCGUAAACGCAACCUUCGUGGCCUGCUGGAGACCGUGGAUGCAAUGGAAGACGAAAAACGUGAACUUUCUGGGGAAUGGAUAAUAGGGAAGAGACUCUGGCAAUCUUUGCAAUCAGAUUACAAGUCCACUCGCAAAGCAGGCGAUGGGGCCAACCUUGUCGACCAGACGAAAUUUGAUUACGAUCUUCGAAUAGGGCAAUCUCGAGUCAUCUUCUAUAUCCACGGCGGAGCAUAUUACUCAUCCAGCGCAGCAGCGCAAAGGAUGCUGACCAUUCCAUUGUCAAAAUACACCAACGCACGCAUAUUUGCCGUCGAUUAUCGGCUCGCUCCGGAAACAGUUUUUCCUGGACAGCUGCACGACGUGGUUAGCACCUACUUCCGUCUGACGGACGACUUGCGAGUGCCGCCAGAAAAUCUGGUUGUAGCGGGUGACAGUGCGGGCGGCGCACUAGGCCUCGCACUCCUGCUCUAUCUGCGAGAUAAUGGGUACACUCUGCCAGGCGGUGCCAUGUUAUUCUCUCCUUGGGUUGACUUGACCUUGAGCUGCGAAUCAUGGGAUACCAAUGCUCCCUACGACAUCAUUCCUACGCCUGGUCCAACCGGUCACUUGCACCCCGUUGUAAUGUAUCUAGGAGAUGGACUCGAGCAGUACAUCACCCACCCAUACGCCAGCCCACUGUUUGGCAAACUCGACGGACUUCCGCCCAUGCUUAUUCAAUGUGGCGAUGCGGAGGUUCUGCAUGAUGAAAUCGUACUUCUCUCACACAAAGCGUCGCUGGCCGGCGUCCAGGUUCAGUUGGAGACCUACCAGGAUGCUGUUCAUGUUUUUCAAGCAUUUCCUUUCUUGAAUGUUGCAACGACGGCCUUUAUCUCUUGUCGCGAAUUCGUGCGGUACAAGUUGCCUCGCAUUCAAAGCCACAUGCCUCAUGCUUUUGGUUCUGACACCGAGACUUUCCUCGGGAGCGAGAUAAACGAUAACCUCCGCGUUGUCAGCGGCGAUGGUGUGGAGACUAACUCGGGAUGGCAAGAAGUUCAAGAACAAAUGGCUCGAGAAAUCCUUGAUACAAGUUACGAAGAGCGAUUGAGCCCAACAGUACCUCCAAGCUGGGGCCGUACCUGGCUAGAUCUGGCGCCAACUCCUGAUUUUAGCGGCAGUGAAGCAGAACCCACUACGCCUUGUGUGACUGCCGCAGAUCCAUCCCGAGUUCUUCGGCAUGCGGCGUCCACCCCAGCUCUUCGCCGAAUGCAGUCUGCUCUCUCUGUUUUCGCAGAAAGAUCAGUCGCAUCCCAAUAUCUGGAGGACUGGCCUACUCGCCGCAAAAAAUUCACAUUAUCACCCACGCCCACUCGUCCUUCGUCUCCCUCUGAAUCCUCACAUCCAAGCAUCAAUAGUCCUGCUUUUGCGACCUCUUGGGCCGCUAUGACAUCUGUUGCCUCGACUACCUACCUUGUAUAG